AUGUAUGUUCAGAUCCCAUACGAAAACACCCUCCGCAGCAGCCAGGAAGUCCGAGGACUUCAAGCUGAACCCAGCCCUGUACACGACGAGUACGAGGCCUUGACUUCGCUUAGCAAAAGCAAGUCCACAGCAGUGCCAGAGCUUUUAGGCUAUGGACAGGGCAAACAAGGACCUGAAGGGUACGUUCCCAACGGCUACAUCACUUACAUCGCAUGGGCACGUGUCCCGGGCGCUCCUGUCGAUUAUCAAGUGUUCUGGAAGGAGGGAAAUCGUCAGUAUCGUGAUGAAGUCCGCGCUGCUUUCGCUGUGGCCUACAAUCAGACGAUACACUUUGCUGGCUUCCGCCCUGCUUUCAAGAUGACAGACAGCCCGAUGUCUGUGCCCACAUAUGCGUUGUGGGGAUUGCUCAAGUUUGCUGUAACUCGCGACGGGCGUGUCGAUAGGACGGCGUGGGCCUGGUGA